GCGGCGGUGGCGGAAGGCGGAAGCGGCGGGGAGCGGCGGGGCGCGCCGCGGGGCGGCCGGGGCCGGGGCCGGCGAUGACCGAGUACAAACUGGUGGUGGUGGGCGCCGGCGGCGUCGGGAAGAGCGCGCUCACCAUCCAGCUCAUCCAGAACCACUUCGUGGACGAGUACGACCCCACCAUCGAGGACUCGUACAGAAAGCAAGUGGUUAUCGAUGGCGAGACGUGCCUCUUGGACAUCCUGGACACUGCGGGGCAGGAGGAGUACAGCGCCAUGCGGGACCAAUACAUGCGGACUGGGGAAGGAUUCCUCUGUGUCUUUGCUAUUAACAACAGUAAAUCAUUUGCUGAUAUUAACCUUUACAGAGAACAGAUCAAGAGAGUGAAAGAUUCGGAUGACGUGCCAAUGGUGCUAGUUGGGAACAAGUGUGAUUUGCCCACGAGAACAGUAGACACAAAACAGGCUCAAGAAUUAGCAAAAAGCUAUGGAAUCCCCUUCAUAGAGACAUCUGCUAAAACAAGACAGGGUGUGGAAGAUGCUUUUUACACACUGGUGAGAGAGAUCCGGCAGUACCGGAUGAAAAAGCUCAACAGCAAUGAAGAUGGGAAUCAAGGCUGCAUGGGAUUGUCCUGCAUUGUGAUGUGAUAAGAUGCCAAGAACACGUGGUUCAGAUGUGGCUGCUGGACGAGUCUCGAUGCUACUGUAUUGCGUCUCAUGCUGAUGCCCUACACUCUUUUGGUGCCAGUGACGAGAAUCUUGGUACCAGUUAAUUAGCACAAGGUCCUUUUCUGUGCUCCACCUGAAGAGAACAUCUAUGGCAUCUACCUCCUUGCUCAGCUAACGGAGCAGUCACAUCUCUUGAUGUACUGGGAUUCUUUUCUUACUGUGUUAUCUGGGUUUGUUCAAGAAGAAAACCAGUGACAAGAAAAGUGAACUACAGAGACUAAAUGCUGUGAAGAAGAUGACACUUUACCUCUAGAGUAAAAAGCUAGAAGCGAUGUUUGUCCCCUUUCGAUUGGAUUCUGAUUUGCAGCACUGUCAGAGGAGUAGCACUGAUCGUUGCUUGGCAGCUCAUGUCAGAAAUGCUUUUGCCACCAUGGAUGCUCCUGUCACGUAUCAGAUUGGUAUCUGCUCUCUCUGCACCCCUACAGCAUAUUUGCAACAUCUCCUUUGUGCCAGGAUUACCACUUAACUGAUCCUUCAUUUUCUGUAAUAAAAAGGAGUUACCUUUCCUAACUUAAGUGCCUGUUUGCUAAGAAGAUUGGAAGUUGUCCCCUGUUCCCUUGGGUUGAGGAAAACCCCAAGGACUGGAAUUUCUUGGGAGCUUAUUGUCUGAAGCAGGCAAGUCUUGUGGGGGUGAUACCUUUGCCUGACAGGAUACUAACCCAAGAGUUUAUAGACUGGAAGAUCCAGCAGGCACUUGUAAGGCUCUUGAACUAGGGAGGACAUCCUGCCUCUGGUUUUUACUUUCUUUGUAGGUGGAACUGUUUAUGUUGGUUUUCUGCAGCGUUCAGAUCUCUCUUGAGUUGGACCAAAUUAGUCAGCUGUUCAUUUUAACAUUAACUGCCAACAUUUAUGGGCAGCUUCUCAAUAGUUAAUCUAAUAACUGGAGGUUAGAGAACUCAGACAGCUGUUACUCAGCUCUGUAACUUGCAAACUACUUUAUUCUGAAUUACUUUCUUACCAGCAGACUGUAAAACACAGUCUCUUCAAAUUGUCUCUCUGUAAAAUGUAGCUGGAGAGUCUCCACGUCAGGGAGGAGUGUGGGAUUUCAGGCUGGCUGUGCUUGGUGCAGUGGUUGUCAUGUACAUCCAGGCUGAGCGGAGAAGGCAGUGAGCUAGAACAGAAACAGAGCUGGCUUCUGAUUGCAGCACCCUUGCAAAAUGAGGAAGGCAGCGAGUUCAGCAAUGACUGUGCAGAAGGUGUUAUGUUUUACUGAUGGGAAUUCUGGGCUUGUUCUAACAGCCUCAAAGUACAACGGAAUUACUGCAUCAGCUGGGUGAGUUCUUCCUAGAACAACGCGUCGUCACCUCGUAUAAUACUGAUGUACAAGUGUGGUCACUGUUACAAAACCUACCAGCGUUCCUUGGAAUGCUGUGUCCUUCCCCAGUUCUUGUGCUACUGGGUUUUAUUCUGUGUGGUCAGUCAGUGUGUCCCACUGCAAAGCUGAAUUCCCAGUUGGUAUCUGGAAGAAAAGAUUCUUCAGCCAACAGAGGGAGCAUGCAGUCAGCCUGCUGAACCAGCGUGAGCAGACAUUGCAAGAGGCUUAAUUCAGUUUGGUGUCAGAUUCCUACACCUUCACAGGGAAAUUAGAGAUCAGUAAAUGCUGAGAGAAGAAAUUGUUCCUUUUAAUAUUGCUCCCUCCACUACUUACAUUCUUAAUUCUCCUCUUGGAAUGGAAGAGGCUCAGUCCACAUCAGGUUUUCUUUAUCAGUGAUAAUCCUUAUAAGUACUUUUUGUAGUUUGUUUUACCCUUGACUGAUGAGACACUGAUGAAAAACUAAACCCACAAUGUUUUCAUUAACACAUUAUUUUCCAGAAACACUCACAAAUGAUGACUCGAGUUCAUUUGAAGAUGAUCUCGUGCCUGCAAGUUAAAUGUGACAGAAUUACCCUCACUGCAAGCUGUCCUGGCUGGAAGCAGCAAGCAGGGUUUAUUUGGUGCAAGAAGAGAAGUGAUUGGUGAAAGCAUUCAGCACUGUGGCAGCAGAUGACUGUCUGCUUCUAAAGACACGUGUGGCAAGCUGUUGUCCAUUUAUUUAAUAAAUUGUAUAUGGAAAAUGGCAGCUUUUGGGAUGCACAUCUGGUCACACAGGAGAGGCAGCAGUGUGGAGUGUGCACUAUGUUUGAAUGGUGAGAUCUUGUCAUCUGGCUACAUUGAUGGGUUUUGCUUACUGGGAAAGUUGGGAGUUUCUUUCCUGGCAAACGGGAUUGCAGAGAGCAGAGCCUGUGGCCAUGGGAAACUUUGUUCAGUUGGCAUUGGAUGUUUGGAGGUUGUGUGGUCAUGUAUGGAAAACUCUUUCUUUUGGAUGGAGGUUCAUCACCGUAACUCUCCCCACUGCAGGGCACGUUGUUGUCAUUCAAGAACCUACUAGCUGUAACUCCACAGGUUGUGAAUUCUCAGAGUUUUUUGAGAACUGGCAAAUGCAUCUGCCUUGUCUUUGGGGUUCCCUUUCUCUUGGGCUAUAUAAAAUCUUCGAAGUGAAGAUGAUCUGGUAAGGACGGGUCA